UUGAAUUGAAAAUAAUUUUACGUUGUACCUACAUCAAUUUUUAAGUAUUUUUGACUUGACUGAGUGAUAUAAUCACACUAUAUUUAAUAUUAGAGGUAGCUUGCCUGAAGUAGAAAACUUACCAUGAAAUAAAUCAAGCAGAAACAUUAAUAAUCUGCUUUACUGGUGCUUUACUGUCUUUUGCACUUUACAAGGAUACGUUUUUGUACAUGCUUAAAAAAAGCUUUAAUAUAAAGUUAUUUAUAAAAAUACAAAAGAUAAUCAAUAGACCUAUGUCGAAAACUAAUGAUAUCGCCUGUAACGUCAACGUUAAUCAUGGAAGUGGGGGAUACAACGGAGAAAAGCUAAUUAGUCCCGCUGCUUCAAGGAAUAAAGAUCCAAUUCUUCAAGUUCUAAAAAGAUUCAUUAUAUGUGAUAUAGACCAAAUCGAAGAUGAGAGUCCUUUAUUUGUGGAAAUAGCUUCUGGAACUGGUCAGCAUGUAUCACAUUUUGCACCUCAUUUUCCAGGAGUAAAAUUUCAACCAUCAGAUGUAGAUAAGAAUGUUUUUGGUAGUUUAUCAUUCUAUGCUACAAACUGCCCGACGAAAAAUAUUCUUCAACCAAUAAUGAUUGAUAUUCAAAACAAAUUAUCACACUAUGGCUUUGAAGAAAACUCAAUUGACUACAUGUAUAAUGCUAAUAUGAUUCAUAUAAGUCCUUAUGAAUGUACUAUUGGGUUAUUUGAAAAUGCUGGGCAUUACUUAAAGCCAGAAGCUCUUAUGAUCACUUAUGGACCCUACAGUAAGGAUGGUGUUAUAACACCUCAAAGUAAUAUUUCUUUCGAUGCAUCUCUACGGGAAAGAAAUCCUUUAUGGGGUAUAAGAGACAUAAAUGAUCUAAUAAAACUAGGUGAUGAAAAUAAUUUAUCCUUAAUAGAUACCAUUGAAAUGCCUGCAAACAACAUGACUUUAAUAUGGAAGAAAGAUUAAGCAAUAAUAUUAUAUACUAAUUUAUUAUACAUAUUUGCUUACAACCACCAAAAUAUAUUGUGUUCUUUAAUAUCUUAAAACAUUUUGACUGGAAUAACAUAAUGCUGAGGAUAUUUUCUAAUACGCUUCGUACAAUUAAAUAUGAGUUACAAUUAUUAGAUU